GCGUGAGUAGGGGCAACUAGAGGAGCCGAGAUGUUUCAAGAGCAUAAAUAACGCAGGAACGCGUUGCAGAAGCGUCAUUGACUACCUCUACUCUAAACAGCCAUAGUCUAGCCCCCAAACGUUCGGCGCAUAAUCCCAGCAGCUUUCCUUACUUGUUCCUUCUUUGACGCCUCGCAUUGCGACGAGUUAACUUCCGAUCAAUUCAUACCAAGCCUCAUUUCUACAGCCUGCGUAAACAUUCUCUUUUCGGCCGGUCUAUGGCCGUAGCCCACGUGUACAGCCUGUUUGCUUCAUCCCACGACAGCAAGAAUCAGCGUGCGCCGUCGCCGUUCUCCAGGAAAUCCGACCCCUCCGUCCGCCCCCUCUCGGAGCUCCGCUGCCGCUUAGAAGACCUCAUACCGGACCAGCGCGACCGCGUGCGCAACUUAAAGACCAAUCAUGGCUCCGUGUCGCUCGGUGAGACGACCAUCGACAUGGCUCUCGGCGGAAUGCGCGGAAUUAAGGGCCUAAUCUGGGAGCCUUCCAUCCUCGACGCAAAUCUCGGAAUUAAGUACCGCGGCUUGUCCAUCCCCGACUGCCAGCGCCUCCUUCCCUCCGCAAUUCCCGGCGGCGAGCCGCUUCCCGAGGCGCUCUUAUGGCUCCUCGUCACGGGGGAGGUCCCGACGCCGCUGCAAGCGGCGUCAAUCACGGAGGAGCUGCGGCUUCGCGCGUCGAAUGUUCCAGACCAUGUGUUCACGGUGCUUCGAUCCCUGCCGAAACACCUUCACCCGAUGUCGCAGCUGUCAAUUGGUGUAACGGCCCUCCAGUCCACCAGCGAGUUCGCCAAGGCGUAUUCCACCGGCUCCGUACACAAGACUCGUUACUGGGAGCCCGUGUACGAGGACGCGAUGAAUCUCAUAGCGGGGAUACCGGUGAUCGCGGCGUUUAUCUACCGCCGCGUGUUCAAGGAUGGCCGUUUGAUACCGGCUGAUCCGAGCCUCGAUUACGCCGCGAAUUUCGCGCACAUGCUUGGAUUCGACGACCCCGGGCUCUACGAGCUGAUGCGACUCUAUUUAACUAUUCACGCGGAUCAUGAGGGCGGGAAUGUCAGCGCGCAUACCACGCAUCUCGUCGGCACUACGCUGUCCGAUCCCUACUUGGCGUAUGCUGCGGGGCUCAACGGUCUCGCGGGCCCGCUGCAUGGGCUGGCCAAUCAGGAGGUGCUGAAUUGGCUUCACGAAGUUCGCGAAGAGCUUGGUGAAGCCCCGACGAAGGAGGAGCUGGAGGGGUUCGUUUGGAAGACGCUCAAGGCGGGGAAAGUGGUGCCGGGUUUCGGUCACGCGGUGUUACGGGUUACCGACCCGCGAUACAUUUCGCAGAGGGUGUUCGCACAGAAGCAUCUGCCCGAUGACCCUAUGUUUCACCUGGUCUCAGACCUGUUCGACGUGGUACCGAGGGUUCUGGCGCAGACUGGCAAAGUCCGAAACCCGUGGCCUAACGUCGACGCGCACAGUGGAAUUUUACUCGCGCAUUAUGGGCUUAACGAGUCAAGCUUCUAUACAGUGCUCUUUGGUGUUUCCCGCGCGAUGGGUGUGUUGUCGCAGCUGAUCUGGGACCGCGCCUUAGGAUUGCCGAUCGAGCGUCCCAAGAGCGUGACGAUCAAGUGGCUGGAGGAGCAUGGCGAAGCGGCGAAAGCUCGUGAAAUGACGAAGGCCUGCGAAAUCGCGGAGGGGAUGCUGGAGAUGGCGGAGGCUGCUUCAAGGCUGUGAUGAUAUCGGGGCUGUGAUUGUACUGGGAAGCAAUUACGUUAUUAGCUCUCGCUUCUGUUUUUCACUAGUUCCUCGGAACGCCCUGCGCGUACUAUAAUAAGAGUCAGGGCGGCUAGUCCCAGCAAGUACUAGAGCUAUUGUACUGCUAGAGCCGCAAGGCAGGCUCCCUCUUCUCUAUUCUUCGCAAGUCAGUGUCAACCUUCGUUCAAAGCUGUAAUGCCAUUCUGCUAAAUGAAAACAU